UAGGUGUUGCAUAACACAGCUGCUUCUUGUUUAUCUAGGAUGCUUUCUGAGUGAAUAUUGGUGCUUUCCCAGUCUUUUGCUUGUGAUGUAGGCAUUUAGAACAUCUGCAAGAGAGGAAGUUGUUCAUGUUUGAAUUUGAAAACAACCCUACAAAGUGAAUUUGAAAAGGAAGAAAGAAAAUCACCAAAUCUGUAGGUCUCUUCACAUCUUCAGUAGCUUCUGGCAAGGAGAGACAAGGGAGAACAUAACAAGGUCGUGAUGAAGUUGAUAGCUGUCCUUUUGGGUGCUGGUUGUGUCCUGCUUUCCGUUUCAGGAUAUGAUGGUUUUGAUUUAUCUGAUGCUAUUGGGAUGACAGUUACCAAGCGGCCUAAUCCAACCACCAAAAGACCACCAGUAGGUGACAACCCCAGACCCAAUCUAUAUCCGGAUCUUCGACCGCAUGGAGGCAGCCAGGGAAGUGAUGGUGGGAACUCUAGACCUAAGCUCUACCCUGAUCUUAGACCUCAUGGUGGUCAUGGAAAUGAUGAUUCAGAUUUCAAUCUAGAGGAUGCCCUUGUUGGUGGAGGAGGCAGUACUGGCGGUGGUGGCAGUGCUGGUGGCAGUAGCAGUAACAGUAACAGUGGUGGUCAUGGCAGCAUUGGUGGUCAUGCUUUUAAUGAUCUGGAUCUCAAUGAUGGGAAACCUCUACCACCAGUAGGCGAGAAACCACAUGUUUCAGAUCAAGGUGGAAAUAAUGUUGAUGCUAGUUCAACAGCUCAGAUUACAUCUCCAGUUGUGGCUGUAGUGGUGUUAUUAGCUGUUGGGGCUCUAGCUGGCUAUACUUCGUACAAGCAGAAGCGAUACUGUUUUAAACCAAGAGGUGCAGCAGUUGUCUAAAUCCUCAAGAAACUGGGAAAAAAUGACUUCAUGAAGAUUACCCAAGUUGUUGAUGCACUAUGUAUAUGAUUUUUGUGUAUAAAUCAUCUCAUGGAGAUUUUGUGCAAUAUGACAUUUUACCUUAAUAAAAAGGAAGAAUUAUCUUUCUAGAAUUAGAUGUCUAUUUAAGAAGUCUUUAUGAAUGAAUGUAACAUAAAUGGGUCUAAAAUACAUAUUUUCUAUGAAACAAAUGUUUUUAUACUACAUUUUCUGUUUAUUCAGAGAUGGUUGUAACUGUGGUAGUUUUGGGUGGUACAAGAACCCAUUUAUCAACAAUCGGAAAAACAACAAAAAAGGCAAUAUGUAAAUGCACACCUAUCAAUAUGCUUGUUUCAUUCAGCCGUUAUCUCACUGAGGCUGCUGUAUCAUUAAAAUGUCAAUGAAUCC